AUGGAUUAUCAUUGGAUAGGAAAAGAAGAAUUUAGUAAACGUGUUAAGAAAAUACCGGAUGAGACAUUAACUGCAAUUUCUGGUGCAUUAUCAGGCGUUUUUUCAAGUAUUAUAGUCUGCCCAUUAGACGUGAUCAAAACAAGGCUUCAAUUAAAAUUAAGUACUUUGGUUGUGAACAGAAAGGUGCAAGAAUAUCAGGGAUUCUUUGAUACACUUUCAAAAAUUUGGAAUGAAAAUGGCAUUCGAGGAUUUUAUAGAGGCCUUGGGCCGCUUAUGAUAGGAUAUUUACCUACAUGGGCCAUUUAUUUUACUAUAUAUGAGCACUGUAAAACUAUUUAUAGUCGUUCUUAUGGUUCACAACCUGGUAAACCAGUUUUAUGGAUAGUAAAUAUGAAAUCAGCUAUUACAGCGGGUAUUGCUUCUUCUAUUUUGACAAACCCUAUUUGGAUCGUUAAAACCAGGUUAAUGAGUCAAAAUUCUUAUUCACAUACAUAUUAUCAAAAUACCUUUGAUGCUUUUCAAAGAAUGUAUAAAUCUGAGGGAAUUUUUUCAUUUUAUAAAGGAUUAACUCCAUCUUUAAUUGGAGUAACACACGUGGCUAUUCAAUUUCCUUUGUACGAGCUUCUUAAAGAUAUUUUUUUUAUUAAUGUUUCAAAUUCAAAUCAAUCACUGUGUAUCAAAGUUAUUUCUGCUUCCCUCUUGUCUAAAAUGAUUGCUAGUUCUAUUACUUAUCCUCAUGAAGUUAUUCGCACGCGUAUUCAAACUCAAAAACAUUAUAAUGAUUCUUCAAAAAUUCAAUAUCGGGGAAUAUUCCAUACUUUUUGUCGAAUAUAUAACGAAGAGGGAUGGAAAAGUUUUUAUUCCGGUAUGGGUACAAAUCUUAUUCGAGCUGUUCCAGCUUCUAUGGUUACUUUUUUAACAUUCGAGUUAGUAAGUAGAUGGCUAUUUCGAAUUAAACAUCACAAUGAGCAUAUUAAUUAA